ACUGUAAAUAUUGUCAGCUGUCUUGACAGUUCAAAAUUGCAUUAUUAUUGUCAACAUGUUUACAUCAAGGAAGUGCAGCUGAAAAACACAAUACAAAUAUCACUUUGAGAUGGAUCGGCAAUUAAACGGUCAAACAAUCUCCACUGAAGAAGCAUGGAUCAAAAAUGAGCCGACCGACAGCGAAUCCACUGAAUUUUUCUACAUAAACUCUGAAUAUGGUACCUCUAUCGUCAAAGCUGAACCAGCAGCUACAAUUUUGUCAACCGCUGAAGAAGCAGCGGAAACUAUCAACAUCAAAUCGGAAAUUGAGGAUAACCAAUUCCAACCAGCGAAUAACUGUAUAACAAACACUCCAACAAUCGCUAAAAGGCGUGGCAAAAGACCUGGACAAAUCAUUCAAAAGUCCUACGAUUGCGAUCAGUGUGAAAAAAGUUUCCCAAAAGAGUACGGCCUCAAAAGACAUCAACGUUCCCAUUCCGGUAUCAAGCAGUUUGAGUGCGACGAAUGUGGCAUGAAAUUUGCACAAAAGUGUCACAUAAAACCGCAUAAACUGAUACACAGCGGCGAAAAGAAGAUGUUCAGUUGCACUGAAUGUCCGUCGGUAUUUGCUACAAGAAUGACCUGUUCUAUUCACAUUUUGUCACACGAGAGAGCCAAUAAUGGUGAUGAUACAAAACGAUUUUCCUGUGACGAAUGCGGUAACGGAUUUGAUCGAAAGGACAGUCUGCUCAGACAUUUGCGUUUGCAUUUUGGUCUGCCGAUUACGAACAAACCGCCGACGCAUAAAAUCGAGAAAAAGCUGUUUCCAUGUGACGAAUGUGGAAAGAUUUUCGAUAGGAAGGAUAGUCAUCGCAAUCAUUUACUUCUUCAUUCAGGUAUAAAGCCCUUUGAGUGUGACGAAUGCGGCGCCAGAUUCAUAAAGAAAUUCUACGUCCAACGACACAAACUAACUACGCACCGUGGCGUCAAACCUCCUCGUUCUAAAGUUUGCGAUGAAUGUGGAGCAAGUUUUACAUCGACAUUCAACUUGAACAGACAUAAAUUGACUUACUAAGUUAACGAACAGACGACAGGCGACGUACAUACAUCGACGAAUCUUUAUUAUUGCAUAAAAGCGGUAUAAUGCAAUAGGACGAAAGGUCUCAAUUGGCAUUCUGGAAUUUUCAACUGAGAUAAACCAUCGAAACGCUGAGAGAGACAGUUGUCGAUGUUUUGUGAUAAUUGACGAAAUUGAAUGUUAUGGCUAAUCGAUGCGUUUAAAUAAAAGGAAAAUCGAAACAAUUCGAGA